AUGCGCUCCUUCCAGAACGUCAUUGUUUUCCUGUUCGCGCUCGUCGCCUGUGUCGUCGCUACCACUGAGUCCUACGACACGACUGUGUACCUCACGUCGACUGUCUACCGAGUCAACACCGUCACCAUGUCUGGCUCACCUUCGAGCGCAGUCGUCAACCAGACCAGCACUAUCUACGCCCCGUCUGCAUCUGCCACCUACGUCGCAUCCACUGCCACCUACGUCGCACCCACUGCCACCUACGUCGCACCCAUUGUUUCCUACGGCACCAACAGCACCAGCAUCAAGCCCACCGGCAGCGCGACCAAGCCCACCUCAGCCGAGUUCACAGGCGCGGCAUCCAGCUUCCAUGCGAACGCGCUUGUCGCUGCGCUCGCCGCUGGUGUUGGCUACCUUGUGCUGUGA